AAGUGUGAACUCGUCUUUACAUGAUUCGACCAUUUGUGAGCAAGUCAUUCUGCCAGUAAGCGGCAUUUAACCUCAAAACAAAUUACGAACUGCAAAUCAUUCAUAAAGUUCGUAACUCUAAGGUGAGGAGACCAGUAAAAUAUGAGUUCAAUCGGCACAGGAUACGACUUGUCCGCGUCGCAAUUUUCGCCGGAUGGCCGUGUCUUCCAAGUGGAGUAUGCGGUUAAAGCGGUCGAAAACAGUGGCACCGCUAUCGGUCUCCGAGGGAAAGAUGGUGUUGUCUUUGCCGUUGAGAAGUUAGUUACUUCAAAGCUGUAUGAACCCGGCGCAAACAAACGCAUCUUCAAUAUUGACAAACAUGUUGGAAUGGCAGUGUCUGGACUAAUUGCUGAUGCAAGGCAAUUGGCUGAAAUUGCCAGGAAGGAGGCAGCCAACUACAGGUCUCAGUAUGGUGUACAGAUACCAUUAAAAUACCUAAAUGACCGCGUCAGUAUGUACAUGCAUGCAUACACUUUGUACAGUGCUGUUAGGCCUUAUGGAUCAAGUGUUAUUAUUGGAAGUUAUAAUGAAGCAGAUGGGCCAAGCAUGCACAUGAUUGAUCCAUCUGGAGUGUCUUAUGGUUACCAUGGAUGUGCCACUGGUAAAGCAAAACAGGCUGCCAAAACCGAAAUUGAAAAGCUGAAGCUUGCGAAUAUGACAACAAAAGAGUUGGUAAAGGAAGCAGCACGAAUCAUUUACCUCGUUCAUGAUGAACUGAAGGACAAGAACUUUGAAAUGGAAUUGUCUUGGGUGUCUGCUGAUACAAAUGGCCGACAUGAAAGGGUACCCCUUGAUAUUUUCCACGAAGCUGAGAAAAGCGCAAAGCAAGCAGUUGAAGCAGAUUCUGAUUCAGACACUGAAGACAUGUAACUUAAAUGUGUAUCUUUUUUACUAUUACUAUCUUAAAUAUUACUCACAAUAAAUAAAUUUAAAAUUG